AUGUUUGUAGACUGUGUAAAUUUCACAAGUGUUGUGUUAUCAAGAAAUGUGGUUAAAAUCUCAUAUUGUUGUUUUGUUAAUUGUUUUAAUCUGAAAACAAUUGAAUUGCCAACAAGUGUUACAAAAAUAUCUGAGCGUUGUUUCGAAGGGUGUGUUUUGUUGACAUCCAUUUCUUGUAACACAAAUGUCAUUCUUGGAAGCAAGUGUUUUUGUUCAUGUGAUAGUCUAGUUAGUAUUCCACAGACAAAAUACUUCAGAAAUCCUGUUUUGAACGGCGUACCUCAUAAUCUGAAAUUGCACUCUUUGAUGGACUUGAGACAAUCCCACAUUGCGCUUUCUUUGGGUGUUAUAAAUUGA